AUGAUGUCGUAUCUAAAGCAACCACCUUACACAGUCAAUGGCCUCAGCUUAACUACUUCUGGAAUGGACCUUUUGCAUCCAUCAGUGGGCUAUCCAGCAACGCCACGGAAGCAGAGGCGUGAGAGGACUACUUUUACACGCGCACAGCUCGACGUUUUGGAGGCGUUGUUCGCCAAAACCCGGUACCCGGACAUAUUCAUGCGCGAAGAGGUGGCGUUGAAAAUCAAUCUACCUGAAUCCCGAGUACAGGUCUGGUUUAAGAACCGGCGGGCAAAGUGUCGCCAGCAGCAGCAGCAGCAGCAGAACGGAGGCCAGAACAAGGUGCGACCUGCCAAAAAGAAAAGUUCCCCAACCAGAGAAGUGAGCUCAGAGAGCGGGGCCAGCGGCCAGUUCACGCCUCCCAGCACCACCACAGCCCCGGUCAUCUCCACCAGCACCGCCCCGGUGUCCAUCUGGAGCCCUGCGUCCAUCUCUCCUCUCGCAGACCCCCUGUCUACCUCCUCCUCCUGCAUGCAGAGGUCUUACCCCAUGACCUACACCCAGGCCUCGGGCUACAGCCAGAGCUACGCCGGCUCGACGUCCUACUUCGGCGGCAUGGACUGCGGCUCUUACCUCACUCCCAUGCACCACCAGCUGUCAGGCCCCGGCUCAACUCUCAGUCCGAUGAGCACAAACGCCGUCACGAGCCAUCUGAACCAGUCCCCGGCGUCCCUCUCCACCCAGGGCUACGGGACGUCCGGCCUGGGCUUCAACUCCACCGCAGACUGCCUGGAUUAUAAGGACCAAGCGGCGUCGUGGAAGCUGAACUUCAAUGCCGAUUGCUUGGAUUAUAAGGAUCAAACUUCCUCGUGGAAAUUCCAGGUCCUGUGA